AUGGCUUCCACUGAAAGACCUUCUGACGUCAUACAGAAGGCCAGGAGGAAGCUGACCGAAGCUCUUCUUCAAAUAGAGCCAGACUUGAUCCUGGAUGCUGCGGACUCGCAUCUGCUCCUCACUCAGGGCGAGUAUUGCUCCUUGAGUCGCAUGAAGGAUCCGCACGGGUUGCUACAAAACCUGAUUGACACGGUGCUGGGAAAGGGAGAGUCCGCUCAUGAACAGUUCCUAGACUGCUUGGAAAACCUGAGGCAUGCCUUCCCCAGCUUGUGCCCAGUAUCUGAAUAUUUGGAACAUGGUCCUGUAAAUCUCGGGAAUGAAUCUAAAAUCCAAAGUACAGCAGCAAAGCUGAUGAGCGGGGCUGAGGAGCGGGGCGCAGCCAUGUCUCCAGAGGGGGGCAACGGAGUUGGAAGUCUGGACCCUUCUGUGUCCUCAGAGGAAGAAAUGGAAGUGGAGAAGCCAGAUGCUAGAAUGAGGCCUUCAGGAACAGGAAGCAAGGCUGAGUACCCAGAAAUGGCUCUGCCCACCAGCCAAGGAAGUGCAGUGACAAAUCAGGAUCCCACCGAGGAUGGAAAUGGAGUACAGAAACCGGGUGCGGCUGCCGGGUGCCCGGGAAAAGACGAUGCAGCAGGUGGCCGUGCAAAGGUUCCUUCUGCACAGUGCAUACCUGGGUUCAGGUCAGUGGAUUCAGCAAAACUAUCUGCCGAUGAGAUUAUAUGCAAGGGAAGAAAGCAAUUGAUCGAAAUCGUUCAUAAAGACCUAGAACUUGUCCUAGAUGACUUAAUCUCCCAGUCCAUCAUCACAGAAGAAGAAUAUGAGGCGCUUGUCAAGUUAGAAGAGGAUUCCAGGAAGCAAAGUACAGGCUGCUCAAGUCUGAAGCAAAGCACUGAAGUUCAACAAGAAGCAGUGCAAGAGGAGAAACGCUCUGCCGAAGAAAGAAGAAAAGCACUUAAGAACAUUCUCACAAAGUUGAAGUUGGAGAAGAAUCAAAGGAAGAAAUUUUCCCUGCAAGAAGUCCUGAAAAUCAGCUCGGAGAGUCUCAAGGAAUGCACUCCCUGUACAAUAGAAGAAUUGCCAAGGCAUUUUCUGAGGAAGGUCUUGGCUUUGAAUGUAACAGCCAGGAGCACAAGCCUUGAGAUGGAGACAUCUGGUGAUCAAAGGGGAAAGGAGGAGAAAAAGAAGAUUGAUGAGAGUAUCUUUCUCAGUAUCAAGAUGGAUGAAAGAGAUUCUGUGAACCCCCUUGAUGUCCUUUGUGCCGUUCUGCUCUGUUCAGACAGUAUCCUCCAGCAGGAGAUCCUUUCCAAAAUGUCCAUGUGCCAGUUUGCCCUGCCUUUACUUCUGCCUCCUUUAGAGACGUCCAAAUGCACCUUGAUGCUCUGGGCCAUGAGAGACAUUGUGAAAAAAUGGAGGCCCCAUUCCCUGGCUGACAGCAGGGGCUUUAGAGAGGAGAGCCUGGUGCUCACGCCCAUGCCGACCAUCUCCUUCGUGCGGAUGGGGAGUCUGACAUUCUCCAAGUCCAAACUCCUGAAUGAGUUUCUCAGUCCCUCCCAGCAGCACUAUGAUUUCUUUCUACACCGAGACAUGGAGGGUGGAAACGUCCCUCGAGAGAUCACUGAUGGACUUGUAGAGAUAGCCUGGUAUUUCCCAGGAGGACAGAAGAGUUCAGAUCUCUUCGCAGAACCAGUAGCAGUUGCAAAUCUCCAUGGAGACAUUGAGUCACACUGGGUGCAGUUCAGCUUUUUAUCAGAGGUUUCUUCAGCUGUGUUUAUAUUUGUUGAAUGUAUUGGAGAAAGAGAAUAUACCCUCUUGUCAUCACUGAAGGAAUCGGCAGCUGAGUACUACUUUAUUUUGGAGUAUCAUGGCGGAAACUUCAGUGAAACUCUUGAUUUCUUAAAGGACUUGGCCCCAGUGCUUAAGCUCAGCAGUUCACAUAUACUAGCAAAACCUGCCAAUAGUAAUACAGCCAAAUCUGUGGAACAGCUACGAUCUACUGUUGGAAGAAUAAUCAGUGCUCAUCCCAAGAGUGUGAGCAUUGAUAGCAUGGCUGCUGUGGCUCGUGAGCUUUCGAUCCAGGUAGAUGAAGACUGCCAAGAAUGUCAGGAUGCUCGUUACUGUGCUUUAGAAAUCACAGGAGAUGUACAAGAUGUAGCAAAGUACAAGAAAGAAAUGCUGAAACUCCAAGGUGAUCUCUGGAGAAACCUGGCAAGAGUGGAGAAAGAACUGUGCAGAAUGGAAAGACAAGGGGAUACGCCUUCAGAAGAGUAUAGAUCUGAACUGAAAGGCAAAUUGAUGCUUCUGCGUCAACAGCAAAACAAGUGCGACCUCACCAUGGGUUUGAUAAAUUUCAUCCAUGGCAUCCAACCUUCACAGUUAGCAAAAAAGCAUUACUUCUUAAAAUGGAUGAAGUUUAACCUGGAUUAUGUUGCUAGGGUGACACUUUCUAAGUUACGGGCUGAGUAUAAAGAGAAAUGCACGUUGUUAGGAGACGAUGGUCAGAAGGUCACAGAAAUAGACCAAUUGAUUUCUUCUUCCUCUUUGGGUAUUGAGCACUUCAUGAGAGAGCUGGGUCAAUUUUAUGAGGCAGAAUGUUUGAUGGUUAGAGAAGGCAAAUUAUCUAAAAACAGAAGGCAGUUUCUUGAUUUUCCAAGCAUUGCGGCUGAUUUGAUGCUGGAAGGGUUUCCUCUAGAGCUGAUAGAUGGAGAUGCAUCCAAUAUUCCCCUGCAGUGGAUUACUGAUGUUCUGACUCUGCUGAACAGCAAGCUGAGAAGUCGAUCCAAACUGUUUGUGAUAACUGUGCUGGGGGUGCAGAGCACUGGGAAAUCCACCCUUCUCAACACCAUGUUUGGGCUGCAGUUUGCCGUCAGCAGCGGCCGAUGUACCCGAGGGGCCUUCAUGACUCUUCUGAAGGUCCGAGAGGACUUGAUUCCAGAGCUGGGCUGUGAUUUCAUCCUGGUGAUUGACACAGAAGGCUUAAAAGCUCCUGAACUGGCCAAACUGGAAGACAGCUAUCAACAUGACAAUGAGCUGGCCACUCUGGUGAUUGGGCUGAGCGACAUAACACUAGUGAACAUGGCCAUGGAGAAUGCUACCGAAAUGAAGGACAUCCUGCAAAUCGUGACUCACGCCUUCCUCAGGAUGGAGAGGAUUGGGCAAAGACCCAACUGCCAGUUUGUUCAUCAGAAUGUCAGUGAUGUUUCUGCGCAUGACCAAAAUAUGAGGGACAGAAAGCAUCUUUUGGAACAACUCAAUGAAAUGACCCAUGCUGCAGCAAUAAUGGAAAAGCUAGACAGGGAUAUCAGAUUUUCAGACAUCAUGGAUUAUGACCCAGAAAUCCACAACUGGUACAUUCCAGGCCUGUGGCACGGAGUCCCACCUAUGGCUUCGGUUAAUAGAGGGUACAGUGAAAAGGUCUUUGAGUUAAAGAAGUACCUAUUUGAAUUCUUAAGGGAGCGUUCAGUUAAAAAGAGACCCAAAGACAUCCCUCAAUUUAUUGAGUGGAUUAAGAGCCUGUGGAAUGCCGUGAAACAUGAGAACUUCAUCUUCAGCUUCCGAAACAGCCUCAUAGCAGAAGCUUAUAACCAGCUAUCCACAAAAUACUCUGAAUGGGACUGGGGUUUCCGCAGAGAGAUGCAUCUCUGGGUAUCUGAGCAAGAAACCUUGAUCCAGAAUUCUUCUGCUGAUGAGCUUGACUGCCGGGACUGGCAACAUGAGCUUCAACAGGAACUAUUAUGUGGAGAACAACAGAUUUUGGAGAAUCUGUACAAAUACUUUGAAAGCGGAGGAUCGAAUCUGCAUCUGGUGGAAAAGUACAGAGAAGAUUUUGUCAGGAACACCAAUAGCCUCAAGCACGAACUGGAAAGUUAUUCUUAUAACAAAUGCAAUGAUGCCAUUCACAUUAAAAAGGGCUGUCAAAAGAUCGAUACUUUUCAAACUGAAUACUUGAAAGCAAUUGAAGGAAAAGUUGACAGGCUUCUUGAAAAAUGCAGGAAAGAAAAGAAUAAGCUAGAUCAUCACAUGCUAGAAAGAGAGUUUGAAAGUAUGUGGAAAGAAACCUUGUCAGAAAUAUCACCAGUGCAUCUAGAGAAUCGGCAAAUAUAUUCAGAUAUUGAAUUGUGUUUGAGGAAGAACUUCUCCCGUCGUGGAAGCUCCAUCAACCUGAAUCUACAAAAAGCAAAAUCUUUGUUAAACUACAGGAUGAACAGUUUUCAGAUGAAAUCAGGGUACAUAAAGCCAUCAGUCUGGGAACGUGUGAAGAGCCUGUUUUCUGAACAGGACCAUUUGUGUAAAGCUGAAGAACUUGCUAAGUCGUUGAUGUCCGAAUGCAUGCAGUACAUUAAUGAAAAGGCCAGUUCCAGAGGAGAUUAUGAUGAAACCUAUUGUGUUGAACUUCUGCAUAUGAUCAGUGAAAAGCUUCAGCAAGAGGAGGUUAAAAACCUUCAUACGUCACCUUCCUUUGAAGUGGAUCUGAAGCUUCACAUUUUGGGAGAAGCAGCUCAUUCAUUUCAGAAGAUGCAUGAAGAUUUCAUUAAGGAAAACGAUCCCGGUGUACGCCUGGAGAAACUGAAACCUCAGUAUUUCUCCACUUUCACAGAUCUUUACCUGGAAAAGGAUGCCCAUCAAACCAGGGCUAAGAAUUUCUGUGACCGGUGCCUCCAUCCUGCCCUGGUAGAUUAUGUCAACAAAAGACUUGGGAUUGAAAUAGUGGAUGACAUUCUCACCAGCACACAGUCCAUUGGAUAUGCCAGUCGGAGCUUCUUUCAGUUUACAGUCCUGAAGGAGCUGUUGGAAGAGAGAAAUGUCAAUAACUAUGUGAAAUAUAGCAGAUCUUAUGAAGAGUUUGUCAAGAGCUGGAUUUGGAGACAAGUAUUAGACCAUUAUAGAAAAAAGGGGGAUCUGAAGAACCUGGAGAAUGAGAUUCUCUCGGCAAUAGUAAAGAAAAUUAGGGAAGUUCUGAAGAACCUGAUGCAUAAAGGUGUUGAAAAGCUAUCAGAAUUUUUGGAAAUGUUUAGCAAAGAAAUGCAGAAGGAGCUGGUUAUGUCUAAGGACAGCCUGGUGGGAAUACAAUUUAAGAACAUGUCUAAUCCCAGCCAAUUUGUUGCGUGUGUUGAAAAUUUUCUUCCUGAUUUGCAAAAGCAUAUAUUAUUUGAGUUUGAUGCCCUUGAUCUUGAAUCCAAGCUCUCCAAACUGCCCGUGAGGCCCCAGGAUGAGAUCUUCAAGCGAGUGUUCGGCUGCGGGAAGCAGUGCCCUUUCUGCGGAGUGCCCUGUGAGGCUGGUGGGAAUGCUCAUAAGGAGCAUUUUGCAGCUGUCCAUCGGCCCGAAGGCCUGGGAAGAUUUAGAUGGGAACACACAGAAAAGCUUAUUUAUGAACUGUGCUCCACUUCCGUGGUUUCCCAGUGCAGAUUCAGAAAUGCAAAAACAAAAUGGGAAUGGCAUCCGUACAAAGAUUACCGAGACUAUUAUCCUGACUGGCUCAUCCAGCCAGAUCCCAGCAUCAAUGCUUCUGAUUACUGGAAGUUUGUUUUUAAAGAAUUCAAUCAUGAUUUUGCAAAUUGCUACAAUGCUAAUCCAGCAGACCUGCCAGAGGACUGGAAAAAUAUUACCCAGGAACAGGCACUGGAGGCUUUAAAGGAAACCUAUAAUAUGAAGUAA